GACGCCUGAGGAAUGUUAACAAUGCAGUAAGUGUCCAACUUUGUACUGCAUUUCUACUUGUGCCGUGAGUAACGAGAAAAUGGAGGACAGGCUCGCGAAACGUAAAGUGUGCUUUUAUUAACGGGACGAUUCCAGCUGUCGGUAAAUGAAGUACGCGCGUGCGAAAGCGCACAUCUUGUUCAGUGCGGGAUUUCACGCUUCUCUUACAUGGCAAAGAUGCAGACCAGGCUGGAGUGGAAGCAGCACACAGGCUUAACCCCUUUUGUGUUAGGGGAGGUGGGGGAUUGUGCCCCCUAAAAGGACCAUGUGCUCCAGUAGGACCUUGAAGAUCUACUAAGUUUACACAAGAGUCCAUCUGGGUGGGGGCAUUAGCUGCCAUUCAUAGCUCAGCAUUGGGUGUGUGAGUGUGUGUGAGUGAGUGAGUGAGUGUGUGUGUGUGUGUGUGUGUGUGUGUGUGUGUGUGUGUGUGUGUGUGUGUGUGGGUCUAUGAAUUUAUUUUUGUUAUUUCUUCUCUGCUUCUGCAAUUGACUUGGUAUGUGUGAGUAAGCGAGUGAAUUUGCCAGUGUGCAGGGGUGGGGGUGUCUGUGAGUGUGUACCAUAGGUUAGGGUGGGUCUACCCAUGCGGCCGAAAACUUUCCCUGCAGCCCCAUAUGUGGGCAACACACGCCAAAGGCUCCAGGAGAUCAAGGAAGGACUGAAACAGCCAGCUAAGAUGGUGAGCCAGGCGCUGCAUGGAGGCAGUGCCCGAGGAGAAGGGAGCAGAGGGGGAGACUGCAAAGGUAAAGACCAGGCUGGCCGUCAGCAACAACUUCGUCAGCCCCAGAAGUUCAACAACUACCAGAAUGCCCUGCGAGAGAUUCGCAAGUCUCUCAUGCCUUUUGCUAAUGAGUCUGGUCCAGCAUCCAGCUCCUCACACCCAGGUGGAGACGUAAACAGGCAGAUGCUGCAGGAGCUUGUCAACGCUGGGUGUGAUCAGGAAAUGGCAGUACGUGCAUUGAAGCAAACUGGCAGCCGUAACAUCGAGGCAGCAUUAGAGUACAUUAGCAAGAUGGGCUAUCUGGACCCUCGCAAUGAGCAGAUCGUGCGUGUCAUCAAACAGACUUCUCCAGGUAAAGGUGGCAUUGCAAAUUCAGUAGAUCACAGGCCAGCAAUGGAGAAUUCCAGUGAAGGUGCUAUGCCCCCUUACCACCAAAUGGGACCACCGUUAUAUGAGGGAGCUGGCUAUGGGUCAGAGGGGGAGAUGGCACGUCCAUAUAUGGGUGGACCACCAGUCAUGAACUACAUGAUGCCACCUACUAACUCAGCACAGGGUCCUUCAAUGGGGAACCCAAUGGCUCGGCCCCCCAGCAUGGGUGCCUAUCCACCAGCCAUGACUUCUCAGAAUGCCCAAGGAACCGCAAUUUACCCCUCUGGUCCUGCUCAGCAGAAAGGAUACACAGGGGGCAUGGAUCAGGCUAUGAUGGGCUACAGUGUGUCUGGUCCACCCAUGCAACUCCAGCCCCAGCCACCAGGGGGCCCUGGUCCUCAUUAUGACUACAGACCUCUUAUAAUGGAGCCCUCUGGCUAUAGUGUUAAACGGAGUGCUUCUUUUCAGAACAAGAUGCCCCCUCUGGCACCGGACAACUAUGUCAAUAUGCAAGGCAAAGGGGCUAUAGGUCAAAAUGGUGGUGGAUACCCUCCUAACCUUUAUCUGCCUCCUCACUCACACCCCCGCCAGGCUAGCCCAACUUCACACCAAGUCCACAUGAUGUCACGCUCCCCUGGAGGAGCAGCUGCUAUGGGUCCUGAGUUCUCAGAUAUCCCUCAAGGUCUUCUCACGCCUUCCAGGGCCAGCCUCAACCUUGACCUAUAUGACCACCACUGGGCUGGAGCUCAAGGCCCAGAGGCAGCAACUCCAGCCAGGCAGCCACAGGGGCCUUUCAGAGGGGAGGUACGUGUCCCCAGCAGGACUAAUUCUUUUAACAACCACCAAAAGGUGAAUGUAAGACAAGCAAUGGCCCCUGCAACCAAUGUAUCUAGCAAACAGGAGGCUGGAAUGGGGCCACCCAACACCAUCACUGCAGUGACUUCUCCACCAAUUCAGCAGCCUGUGAAGAGCAUGAGAGUCAUGAGACCAGAGCCAAAGACUGCAGUCGGACCAUGCCACCCAGGCUGGUUAGCUGCACAGGCCCAGGAUACUCCUGAGACUCACGGGUACUUGCCAGACGAAAGUUUUACCUUGGAAUCCUCUCAGGAGCCCCGAUGUCCACCACCACCAUACCCCAAAACGCUGCUUAUGUCUGGAGCUACGGGUGUACAGGAAACUGCACCCUUGGAAGCUGGAGGCAUAGCUGGAGCUCCAGACCACAGUGCCCCAGGUAGGCCUGUCCCAAGUUCCCCAGCAGGAAAGCCAGAAGAGCGUGCCACCAAAGAUAAAGCAAAGCCAGGAAAAGGAGAGAAGAUUGUGAAGGAUAAGAAGCAGAUUCAGACUUCACCAGUACCAGUGCGGAGGAAUGCCCGUGAUGAAGAAAAAAGGGAGUCACGCAUCAAGAGCUAUUCUCCCUUUGCUUUUAAAUUCUACAUGGAGCAGCAUGUAGAAAACGUUAUGAAAACCUACCAGCAGAAGCUAAAUCGCAGACUGCAGCUGGAGCAAGAGAUGUCUAAGGCUGGUCUGUCGGAAGCAGAGCAGGAGCAGAUGAGAAAGAUGUUGAACCAGAAGGAGUCCAACUAUAACCGACUGCGGCGUGCCAAGAUGGAAAAAUCCAUGUUUGUGAAAAUUAAAACGCUUGGAAUUGGGGCCUUCGGAGAGGUGUGUCUGACCCGUAAGGUGGACACAGGAGCUCUGUAUGCCAUGAAGACUCUCCGAAAGAAAGACGUCCUGAACCGGAACCAGGUGGCUCAUGUUAAAGCAGAACGGGACAUCCUUUCGGAGGCCGAUAACGAAUGGGUAGUCCGACUGUACUACUCAUUUCAGGAUCGAGACAGCCUGUAUUUCGUUAUGGACUACAUUCCAGGAGGAGAUAUGAUGAGCCUACUAAUUCGUAUGGGGGUUUUCCCUGAGCCAUUAGCCAGGUUCUAUGUGGCAGAACUGACACUGGCUAUCGAGAGUGUUCAUAAGAUGGGUUUUAUCCACAGAGACAUCAAACCUGAUAACAUCCUCAUUGACCUGGAUGGACACAUCAAGCUUACUGAUUUUGGCUUGUGCACGGGGUUCCGCUGGACACAUAACUCAAAGUAUUAUCAGAAAGGGAACCAUAUUCGCCAGGAUAGUAUGGAACCCAGUGACUUCUGGGAUGAUGUGUCUAACUGUCACUGUGGUGACCGGUUAAUAACACUGGAACAACGUGCAAACCGUCAACAUCAGCGCUGUCUUGCACACUCCUUAGUGGGCACUCCUAACUACAUUGCCCCUGAAGUGCUACUUCGGAAAGGAUACACUCAACUGUGUGACUGGUGGAGUGUGGGAGUGAUUCUUUUCGAGAUGCUUGUGGGCCAGCCUCCAUUCCUUGCGCCAACCCCUACAGAAACACAGCUCAAGGUGAUAAACUGGGAGAACACGUUGCAGGUGCCUCCACAAGUCAAACUGAGCCCUGAGGCCAUUGACAUCAUAGGACGUCUCUGCUGUUCAGCAGAGGAGCGUCUGGGAGGAAAUGGUGCUGGGGAGAUAAAGGCCCACCCUUUCUUUGCUCAGGUGGACUUCUCCAGCAACCUUCGCACUCAGCCUGCUCCAUACCGACCGAAGAUCGCUCACCCAAUGGACACGUCCAACUUUGAUCCAGUGGAAGAAGAAGGUGGCCCAGGGGCAUGGAGUGACAGUGGAGACAGCACUCGUGCUUGGGAUACCCUCUGCUCUCCAAACAGCAAACACCCUGAACACGCCUUCUACGAGUUCACCUUCCGCAGGUUCUUUGAUGAUAAUGGCUGUCCGUUCCGUUACCCUAAGCCCCUUGAAGAAACACAAGGGCCCCCCAGCAGUAGUGGGGCUAGCAGCUUGGGCCCCGAGGAGGAAGAGGAUGAGGAAGAAGUGGAGGGGGGAGAAGAAGAGCAAGGAGAGGGGUGUGAGCCUGUAUAUGUGUGAGACAUGGGGAAUGAGUUCACGUGUCGAUUUAGCUUCACCAGUCGGGCUUUUAUUAAAUAGCACACAAUACACCAGACAAUCCUGCGUGUUUAAGGUUUGGUUGAAAGGUUUGGAGAGAAGGGAAUUACGGACGGAUGGUCAUGGAGAGAGAAAGAUCGUGCUAUGUGAAAUACAUAUUAUUACUCUAAUAUUAUUGUCCAGAAUCUUUUACUUGUUCACGGAUAUGUACGUCUAAUGGAAACUGCAAUCUGGGACCAAUAAGUGUGGACUGUGGCAGAUUGGGUGUAACACAGGAUGAUGUGUCUCUCUGCAAGUUUCUCUGUCAGUGAAGGUGACACAGCAAUUCCUAAUUCCAGAUGAGUAACUGUGAUCAUAGUGCAGGGCUAAACCAGGGGUGGUGGUGUUUUUUUGGUGAUUAUUAACUGUGUGCGUCAUAUGACCACACAACUUAAUCCGAAUCCUUCUACCCGAAUAAUAUAAGGGCCCAAAUACACUCAGAUGUGUCGUUCCUUUUGCAAGUAUCUGUAGAGACACCCAUGUGAGUCUACCAUGACUGGCAGAUCAGCGACUGGUUUUAAACCUUGAAGGGUUUAUACAAUAAAAAAAAUAGAUGUCUGUUUGGAGCCUGUUAGUCCCGGGAGAAAAUGCACCUAUGUGAAGAUAAGAUAUGGCUCAGGUUGUUUUCUUGCUUGUGUUAAGGAAACUUCUGUAUGAAUUACAGAAUAUUUUGGUUUGAAAGUGAUUUCACAGUGUCGCCUAGUGAUUUCAAAAACACAGAGUAACGCUCUACCUGAAAGAAAAUUUAUAUAUAUAUAUAUAUAUAUAUAUAUAUAUAUAUAUAUAUAUAUAUAAUUUUUUUUCAUUUGCUACAUAUAUGUAUUACAUUUUCUGACUUUAUCUGCACCUCAGAGCUUUCACAGUUAUGACAUUAAUGUUUAAGCUGAUCCUCUAUCUGUAACGAUUCGUGGCACCACAAUUCUUUAGGAGUAAUAAUUACUUCCUGGUUUCUCUUGGUAUCUGGACCUUCCCCAAUGCUUUAAUAUUAGCACCUAGGCAUAUUCUGAAUAUCAAUUUAAAGUGUUUCUCAUCAGUUAUUUACUAUUUCACUCAUAUACUGUAUAUAUAAUAUACAGAAAUGGAUAUGUUCAGCUCAAUAAGGAGUCUUAACGAUCAGGGGACGUAUUUUAUUUUAUUUUUUUUAACAUCAAUCUAAUGUAGAUUCACUGGCAACACUUGUACCCAAAACAUAUUUACAUUUGGCAAUUUUUAAAGUGAUUGCACCACACGCAUACACUGUACAGUGUUAAACAUGAAGUCUCUGACUAAAAUAUAAAGACAGUAGUAAACACUUUAUAACACAGUAGUGAAAAGUGUCAGAAGAACUAUUAAACAAAGUGUCGGAAGAAAAUAAUUGUAUGGGAUUACUAUGUGCAAUACAGAAGAUAUAUUAUAGAAUUUUCUAUUCACACAAACAGCUUUUUAAAUCAAUACUGAAAUACACUAUGAAAAAGGUAAAAAAAAUAAAUAAAUAUUGGUUUUAUUAUUUUUUUUUUUUCUCAAUAUAGAUACCUGACCCAGUGCUGCUCUUUGUUACUGAUAUUACAUUAUCACCAUACUUUCAUAUAUGCCUAAUUUUUUUCGUUUGUAUAAAGCAUGCUGUUGGUUGCUGGUGUCAUUGACACAAGAUGUGACGAACUGUGUGUCUUCUAAUGAAUGUGUGGGUGUGUCCACAACAUGCUGAUCAGUAUUUAAGAAGGAGAUGGAAACAUGCUUUUUCCCUUCACUCAGGCUGGUCCUAAAUGUUUGGGAAAGGGUGUUUAGAAGAGAGUGAGGAAGUAGAAAAUAAAGAUUGGAAUGAAAAUGAGUUCAAUGUUAAAAUGUUACAGACAUAAGAAGACAAAGUGGAUUUGAUUGGAUUGUAUAAUGCCUGUUUCUUAAGUAAGAUGACGUGGAAGUAAUUGUAUUGAAUUGAAUUGUUGAGUCCGAUUUUAAUUAACAUUUUUGUGAAGAUAAGAAUUCGUAAUAGGUAACAUGUACAAAACCAACGUUAUCUUUGACGCUAAUUGACAAUCACUAAGAAGUUUUGCAAGCUGUUGUUUUAAACUUACUGAACCACCACUUAGAACACCCGACUGGAAGAACUUCAAUCUACAGUCCAUUAUGGUGUCUCGUAAGUAGUUAAAAUUCAAUCACAACCGAUAUUUAACUGAAUAACGAACACUUAAAACAAAAUGUAUUGCGUGAGUUAAUACUAACAUCACACCCUUUUAUCCCGGUGAGACUGAACCGUAAAUGUGGCAGAUGUUCUGCUGACCCAUAUUCAUCACGGUGGAUCACUCAGUGAACAUUUCAGGAGACAGGCCUAAUAGAAUAAUUUGAGUAUCAUUUGUGUGCGUUUUGUUUUGGAUGGAUUUUCUGUGUUUCACUUUUGAAAGUGCUGACUGACAAUCUUCGGUUGAGAAUAACUGAUAUUGGACUUUUGUGUGCCUUUUUUUUUUUUUUUUUUUUGUAUUUCAGUGCUUUAGUCGGGUGGGACUUUUUGACUUCUGUGAUCUUCCUUAAUGUAUUAUGUAAUACAGCUACUAUUGAAUAUAUAUAGAUAUAUUUAUACAGAUCUACAUAUUUUUUGUAUCUUUAUUAUUUUCCAUUUUUCUGAGCUAACUUCUGAACCUCUGUGUAUUCAGUAUUACAGACAGUAAAUAUUUGGAUUCAUAUCUUUUUACAUACAUGUAUGAACCAAGAAUUUGUUAAAUAUGCUUUCACUGUUCUCACAUGUGUAAAUGUAUAUUCCUAAAUUAAAUUAAAUAAAUGAAUCCCA